AUGGCUGGAUUCACUGCUGUGUGCUGCCGCUAUAAUACUUUGAAAAUAACAAAUGGAUUAACAUUUAUGGAGGAAUUUGUGGCCCAUGGAAGCAAUGUGAAUUGCCUGGCCCUGGGCCACAAGUCUGGCCGCGUGAUGGUGACAGGAGGGGAAGACAAGAAAGUCAACAUGUGGGCCGUAGGAAAACCAAACUGUAUCAUGAGCCUCUCUGGACAUACAAGUGCCAUAGAAGCAGUCCGAUUUGGCAACUCAGAAGAAAUGGUAGCUGCGGGGUCCAUGUCUGGGGCUCUCAAAAUCUGGGACUUGGAGGCAGCAAAAAUUGUGCGUACUCUGACAGGGCACAAGGCCAACUUACGCAGCCUGGACUUCCACCCAUAUGGAGACUUCGUGGCCUCGGGUUCUCUAGAUACCAACAUAAAGUUGUGGGAUAUCAAAAGAAAGGGCUGCAUAUUUACUUACAAGGGUCAUACUAACUGCAUUAACUGUUUGAGGUUUAGUCCAGAUGGGAGAUGGAUAGCCUCUGCCGGGGAGGAUGGCAGUGUGAAGCUUUGGGAUCUGACUGCUGGUAAAUUACUCACAGAGUUAAAUGACCACACAGGGCCAGUCAACAGCUUAGAAUUCCAUCCAAACGAAUUCCUUCUUGCAUCUGGGAGUUCUGACAGAACUGCCAAAUACUGGGAUCUUGAGACAUUCCAAUGUGUGAGCACCACUGAUGGAGAGUGUGGAGGCAUCAGGUCCAUAAGUUUCCACCCUGAUGGACUCUGCCUAUAUGCUGCGACUCAGGAUGUGCUGAAGGUUUACGGCUGGGAGCCUGCGCGCUGUUACGACACCGUGGCCACUGGCUGGGGGAAGGUUGUCGACAUAGCCACUGCACAGAGUCAGCUGAUUGGAGCAUUAUAUUCACAGACCAAUGUGUCCACGUAUGUAGUAGAUCUGCAGAAAGUUCAGCCAAUGGGUGGUGUUCCUGCUGAACCGUCACCAGAGCCCCCUACAGUCCAGGCAGCUCCUGCGGCGCCCCCAGCACAAAGGCUGUCUGCAAGUGGAAGGAAGAGUUUCCAGACAGAUCGUCCACAGACACAGUCCACCAAGCAACAGAACCCAUACAAGGAGGAGCCACAAGAGCCAGCUGUCCAGGGGGAUGACCCCGAGGAUGAUGCCCAGUCCGUAGCUGAUAUCAAAGACCCUAAUGACUACAGGGAAAUAUUUCAACCUAGGCAUGGUUUGUCACAUUCUCCCACAACAACUGCGCAGCCUUUCCCAGCACCCCCUGAUGAUGGGAUACCAGAGAAGGACAUUCCUCCACCACCAGUCAUAGUUAAGCACAACACACGGCAGCAGCCGGUUCAUGUUCCACCACAGAGGGCAGCACAGUCUUCACCGUCACAACAAACACAGGCUAGGCAGCAGCAGCAGCCAGCACAACCGGCACAAUUUGCUCCUCCACCAGUGUCUCAACAACCACAUUCACAACCACCAGCUCCCCACUCAGCCACUUCUGUACCUGCUUCUACAGUGAUACCUUCCCAGAGGGAGCAACCUGUGGGACUUGCAGUAGAGGAUUUUCUACCAAAGCGUGGCGUACCUGUUGUGAACGAGGGCCAGUCGUACCCGUCAAACAUGUCUGAGGCUGAGGCCAUCUCCACCAUAAUGAAGGGCCAUGACGCCAUGGUGGCUGUCAUGAGCAGCCGCAUGAAAAAUCUGUCCAUAGUGAGAGCUCUCUGGACAGGGGGGAACAUGAAGACUGCGCUGGAUUCAGCUGUAAACAUGAACGAUCAAGCUGUGAUAGUAGAUCUGCUGAAUGUGCUGAUUUUCAAACCAGCCCUUUGGAACUUGGACGUGUGUCUUGGAAUGCUGCCCCACCUCAAGGACCUUAUUAACAGCAAAUAUGAAAGUUAUGUCCACUGUGGCUGCUCAGCUUUAAAGUUAGUAUUAAAGAACUUUGGACCUGUGAUUAAGGAGACAGUUAAUGCUCCCCCUUCAAUAGGAGUGGACAUAACACGGGAAGAAAGAUUACGACGCUGCAGAGGCUGCUUUAAAUACCUAAUGGACGUGCGUGAUAUUGUCGAUGGGAAGCAGAACGUGGAGGGGAAGCUGGGCAGUACAUUCAGAGAGCUCAAAUUGCUGAUACAGUCUGUUGAAUAAUAGCAAUGCAAGAAGGGUUGUUCUUGACAAGAUUUACUUUGUGAACAUUCCUUUCAGUUGCUUGGCGUGAAACUUACUGCUCAUGAAAGCACCAUUGCAUGAACAGGUCAAAAAUUCAUGUGCAAAGACGUAUGGUUGUUUUUUUUUAUAUACCAGUCCAGCUCAGACCUCAUGUGCCCUAGGGUUGAUCCUAGUAAAAGAUCACUCAGGGUCUAUCAUUUGUAAUCAGUCACAGACUAUUUAUUAGUGGUGAUUCUGCAGUUCAUAUCAAAAGUACAGAAUAAUCUCGAAAGUACAACUUAAGGUGUCUUCACACACAUACUUACAACCGUCCAGGUUUAGAUCUAUAUGACAUCAUUAGAUGAGCCAAUCAAUUUAUCAGUGUUAUUGUUGUCUACAGAGAUGAGAUUUGUCUGACUAUCGUGGAAUUUUUGACUUUUUGGGAGCCAAAAAUAUCAAUGGUGUAGACGACCCAGCCCAUAUUUUCAGACUUUCCUUAAAUGAUAGUCUCAUCCCUAUGUCUAUGCUUGUUGGAAGUUAACUGAAUUCACCCCUCCACACAGCUGCUCUUUGUUGGAUUCAGCACUUUUGUCAAAGAGAA